AAAUAAAUAAUUAUCGAUUCCGCUACUUUAUAAAACGCCACCACUUCUUUUAUUCGUUUAUUAAGAGUGGAAAAUGCGUGGAAUUAUAGGGUUAUGGUUAGUCUUGGCUGUUGCCACAGCAAACCCCACAGCGCAAAGCGAACCUAGAUAUGGCAGAAUUAUCGGCGGUGAUGUGACGACUAUUGAUCGGUAUCCAUCCGCCGUAGCUCUGAUAGGAUAUGACUGCUUUGCUAAUGUUCACUACCAGAUGUGUGGCGGCGCCAUUAUCAAUAGUAGAUCCGUUUUGACAGCGGCUCAUUGCUUAACAGACAUUGUGCCAUUAUAUUACCGGAAGAUGCGCGUAGGGUCUGCUUUUAAAAACUCGGGUGGUGUCGUGCAUGACGUUUCGAAAGUAAUAAUACAUUCCGAAUACAUAUCACGAACAGUAGUUAACGACAUUGGUAUCGUUCGGUCGAAAACUUCAUUUGAAUUCAAUGAAAACGUAGCACCCGGAGUGGUUGCAGGAAGGAAUUAUUAUUUAGGAGAUAAUCAACCUAUAUGGGCAAUUGGAUGGGGAAUGAUGAAUUUGACUACCGGCGAAGGAGCCGAGCAGUUAAGAGAAGUCCAAGUAUACUCAAUCAACUGGAACAUAUGUGCGCAGCGCUAUAUUGAAAAUGGCCAGCACUUAGGAGAAAACAUGUUUUGUAUGGGCCUAUUAGACGUUGGAGGAAAAAACACAUGUUUCGGCGACUCGGGCAGCCCUGUUUAUCACAAUAAUGCAAUUGUUGGUGUAUGUUCUUGGGGACCAUCACCUUGCGCAGACGCUCGAUUCCCUGCGGUUAAUACUCGCGUUUCAGCUUAUGAAGAUUGGUUAAGGGCUAAUGCCUAGUUACCUUAUAAAUAUAGUUAGUAACGGAAAAAUUAGAUAUUUUUUUUAAAUAUACUUAAAAUGGAAUUUGUCAAAUUAAUUAAUCAAUCAAAAAGAGUAUUUUUAUCUUUACGUGUUAUUGUAACGAAAAGCAAAAAGCAAAGUAUGGAAAGUAUUGUAUAAGUAUAAUCGAAAAGCUAGUAACGAUUGAGAAUUUUACAUUACUUAGUUACUUAAAAAUAAAAGUACGCUACUUUUCGAUAUGCAUUCAUAUGCUAUGGAUCAAGCAAUAAAAUGAGCCAUAUUCUAUAA